UAUAGAGAGACACACAAAAUUAAGAUAAAACUAAAAGCAUAAAACAUUUUUUCUCUUGGUCUUGCCCAUGUAGUAAGUAGACUAAAUGGGUUCACAGUUUCAAUCUUGUUUUUUUCUUUCUUAAAUUCUCAAAACUCAAAGAUCGAAUCUUUGUUUAAAUAAUCACUUUCAUUUAUUUUAAGAGACUGAAUCUCGUGAGUUAUUGCUUUGUGUGAAUCAGUUUCUUUCUUUUGUUCUGAAUCUUGCACCGAUGAGGAUCCGUAAAAGACACCCUAUUUUCUCUUCUUCGGAGUCUAUUUCAUCUUUCCAUCUCUCAGAUCCCAACCAGUUUAACCGGUCACCGGUCAUGGUGCAACUCAGCGAUGGUGCUCAUGCUCACACAGAACCGAAACCUUGUUCUUCUUCAACUUCGUUCCUUGUUUCAGCUAGUUCGAGCUUGGAUCUUUGUCAGCCGUCUGAUCAAACACUCCCACUGAUCGGGAAACUAAACAACGGCUACGAUUACCCAUCCACCAUCGAACUAAGUGGGGUACACAAACAGCACAACAAGCAACACCCUUUGGAUGAGAAGGUUAGAGGGGAAGAGAAAAAGAGUGGAGACAACAAAAGUAAUCAUAUCAGCAAAGGAGAUAUCUUGCUUGAUUCUCAACUCUUUCCAUCAUCCACUACUUUUGCUCAAGAUGGGAGAUGGUGCGAGGGAGAGAAAGCUAUUCCAUUAAAGAAAAGGAAAGGAAGGUUGGAGAAUGUUGGUGUGGAGAGUAAUGAUAGUAAGAAACCGAAGAGUAAGAUGAAGACGAAGCUGAAUAAGACAUGUUCCAAGAGAAAAGAUGAGGAUGAAGAUGAAGAAAGCGAAACAAAAGUGAAUGAUAUUAAGAAGAGGAUAACAAAAAGGGGAAGUGCACUGAUGGAAGGUUCGCGGUGCAGUCGUGUUAAUGGAAGAGGAUGGAGAUGUUGUCAACAAACACUUGUUGGUUAUUCUCUUUGUGAGCAUCAUUUAGGGAAAGGAAGGUUGAGAAGUAUGACAAGUGUUAGAAAUAGAUCUAUUGGAGUUUCUUCAACUACUACUACUACUGUUGCACCUAGCAAUGUUGUUGAUAUUAGAGAUACUAGUGCUUCAUCUUCUAAUUCUGAUCUUGUAAAGAAAAUCACUACUGGGGAUGAUAUUGUUGAUAAGUUAUACAGUUAUGAUGAGAAGAAGCCAGUGACAGUGAUUAAGAAGAGAAUGAAACUUGGAAUGGUUAAAGCACGAUCCAUGAGCAGCUUAUUGGGACAGACAGACAACAAGGUUGUUGUAGUUGAAGAGAAUAACAAGUAAGACUAAAGAUUACAACAAAAAUGAUUAUUAUUACAUGUAUUAAUAUUUUGGUGCUAGAACUAUGUUUUAUAUAUUCAAGCCUGUGCUUUAAUUUGGUACGAUGAUAUAUGGUAUAAUAUAACAUAUUAUAAUUAUUUUCAUAAUAUGAAUGAUGCUAUUAUUUUGUGUUGUAUUUUCCAAUGGAUAUUUUUGUUUACCGAAUAUAUCAUGAUCAUAUGAAUAUUAUAUGUCAUUUUCCCAUACCUAUAUAAUGAUAGAUUUCAUGUGAAAUGUUGUAAUUUUCAGACAAUAGUUUUACAUGUAAAUUAGAUGAUUAUAACCGUUUCUUGUGGUAAGCCACCCCAUGCAUAUAUAAUGGUUUCAACUGAAAAUUUGUUGAGAGUUUGCACACGUGAUAUAGAAGAAGAUGUAUUGUUUCUAUCUUUUGAUGAUAAUGCGGUGGAGAUUGAAAAUUUACUAAUUAAAGCUUGGUAGUUUUGGACAUGCGCAUUGUAUUUAUUUUGCUGUUUUAUAGGUGUAGAAAUUA